UCUCAGUUCCACCCCUGCUGAGCUUUCAGCAUGAUGGCAGGACUGAGGAGAUGGAGAACUCUGCAGAUCCUGAUCCUCUUCAGCCUCCUUGGCCUCAGCGGACAGUUUGAGAUGAAGGAGGAUCUGAGGGAGAAGGUCGAGCCUGAUGUUGCUGCACUGCAUCGCCUCCAAAGACCGCCUGGACAACUGUUUCACUCUGCAGACACAAACAGGUUGAACGUUGACCAGAGCCCGAUGAGUUUGCUGCGUGGAUUUCAGGAGAGUGGAAACUUCACAGCUUGUGUCAUAAAGAAGGAACAGGAUCUUGACGUCCUGUUGGCACUUACUGAGAAACAGAAGACAGACGACUGGUUGCUAACAGCUUCAGAGAUCUCACACAGCUACAGCCAGAAACUUCUGAUCAUGACGGACAAAGACAAGUCAGCGAGUGACAGAGUCCACCAGGAAGACUUCAUGGAUCCUCGUUACUCUGAAAUAGUCAGCGAGGAAUGUUUGUACAAUGAAUCCUGUGUACUAGAAGUAGGCAGCAGCUCUGUAGUGAAAAUAUUUGGAAGCGUUUCAGAGGACGGACAAACUGUUUCUGGUCUUUCUGCUUCAUCACUUGCUAAUCUGAUGCUGAAAACAUCUCUGGAAGCAGCAGGAGUUUUCUCUCUUGAUGGAAACACGACCACAGAGUUCCAACAUAACUUCAUGAGAGCUUUUAUGGUCCGGGGACUGAAAGCGGUCUUAGAAACCAACCAGGAGAAUCACCAGAUUUACCAGGUGAUGGGUCAGCCGGACUCAGUCUCCACGUACAGAAUUCCUCAAAGAGAAGUGGAUCACAGCACCCAGUACGACCACCAGCAGAUAAUCAUGUUACAGGAUGAUGAAGUGGUCAGAAAAGCUGCAUCUUUUCUUUAUGAGAAGCAUCCAGCAGUGAGUUCCAUCUAUGUUCUGGAUGACAAGCAAAAAGUGAAACUGAUUGGAGGUAAAUCAACACCUCUGUCAGAGAACAGCAGGCUGGUUCUGGUGGGCCACGGAGCCAGAGACCAGUCUGGAGAGAUGAGAGUUUCAGGGUUCUCGUACGAAGAUGUGUCCAGCAUCAUUCAGAGCACCUCCAGGGUGGGAAAUAAAAUCAGAACAACCAGAGUGUUGGCCUGUGAGGUGGGAUCGGAUCAACGGUUCAUAGAAAGUCUGCUGAAGACGCUGAGAGGAGCCGGCAUUGAGACGGAGCUGCACCUGUGGAACGCUGUGAUCCAGGUCACUCAGACGGGACACAUAAUUAGUCGGGACGUCUCUCCAGAUGGACCGCAGUGGAGACUCAACGAUGGCAGCAAGAAGGUGGUGGCAGCUCUCCACAGGAACGGAGAGAUGAUCCGAAGACACGAGUCUGGAAGUAGAGGAGAGCAGGUUUUUACCGAGGAAACAAACUUCCUACAACCUCCCAAAAAGAAAGGACAAGCAGGACCUUCAACAGAGGACAGAAGUAAACUCUACAGAAUAAUGUGGCCACAGGAACCAGAGAGAUUUAUUUCCCCAGACGUUUAUAAUAAAAUGGAUCAAAAUAAAUUUGGUGACGUUGAGCAAAUAAAAAAGGACUUUAAUGAAAUUGAAGGUCUGACUUGGGGAAUGUUUCACUCCGACCAACAAGCACCAGAGAGAGUCCCUAUCAACGCCAACAUAGAAAAUGAGUGUGUAAUAUUAGAUAAAAAUGGUAAUAAUAUAAACUGGUUAAAUGGCAACCAGAAGCUCCAAAUCCUUCAAAACUGUUAUUUGAUUGAUUCAGGAGAACGAAUCAGAGAGAUAAUCCAUCACUAUGGAAGGAAUGGAGAAGACAGGCCCACAUAUCUGAUGGUCAAUGACUGGAUUUUUCUUGUUGAACAACAACAUCUGUAUGUUUAUCCAGUUGGAAAAAGACUUGAUCAGAAUGAAAGGGAGGUUCGGGUGCAAGAACAAAUCAUGAACCUAAUUAAAAGUCAGAACCAAGAAGGCAAAGAAAACUACAAUAGUAUCCGAAAUGGAAUUAGAAGACAGAGUGAUUAUCCUUAUUAUGUGACGGGUAUUUUCACUGGAGAGAGAAGACGCAAACCCAUAAAGGAGGAGAUUUUUCUAACCUGGUAUUUUACUGCAUCAGUCAUUGCUGAAUCUGCUAGAAACUUCCGGACAUUUCCUCUGACUCUUAUGGCUCUGGAUAUGUCUAAUAAUCAUGAUGAAGGAGCUUUGCAACUGUUAUUUGAUGAACAUCCGAUGGCACAAGGAGGAAGUUGGAUUAAUGAAAACCUGCGAGGAUUCAGAGGCUCGGCAGCACCUGACAAGUCCAGCUCAACCCCACGAGACACACAGUUAGAGAAACUCAGAAAGGUUAUAGGGAGGGAAUUAGACAUAUUCCGGAAAUGGAAGAUAAGUACAAAAAUUAAGAAUUCAAAGGUACUGGCUCAGAUGGUAACUCUGAUACAAACAUAUAACAUAUUUGCAGAUGUUACACAGUUUCAGAGAGAUUACAACAAUUUCAAAGCAUUAACUACAACAAACGUACCUUCAGCUUCUGGCUCUCUGGGAGGCCACGAUGACAACUUUGUGACAAUGAAAAAUUUAGAGAAUUCCAGGAAAAGAACCAGGAAAUCUGCCAAACAAGGAGAGGAUCUGGCAGGACUGGACCUUCAGGACAGAGAUGGAAACGAGGACAUCAACCCUGAAGCUGCUGAGUUUAGAGCAGAGUUAUCUCCAGAUAAUCAACAGUACAACAGAAAUAUGACGAAGAACACUGUUUCAGUGUCUAAUGAUGUCUCUAAUGGUGAGAGGAUGCAAACGAUCCACCGGAACGGUCUCAUCAUGGUGGACUCAUCAUCAGAAGAUCUGAAUGUGAGGAUCCAGACCAAAGAGGAAGAGUUGAAGCUCCGUCUGCUCAGCUACAACAAUGGAGACAAACAUCAGCACCUGCAGUUUCAGAGCUCUGACGGGGUCCUUUUUAAAGUCACAGAUGGAGACGUUCGUCUCUUUCAGAUGGAAGCUUUCAAAGUGACUCUGAAACAGUCUCAGGUGGACUGUUGUUUGGACCUCAGCUCUCAGAGAAAUCUAUCAAAGGUCCAUACAGUCCAAGGAUGUCCCUCACAGUCCAAUGACAUAUCAGGGAACAGUGAGGACAACGCUCUGAUUGGUGGGUGGAAGGAUGACGCUUUGGAUGGAGGAGGAGGAGACGACACACUGAUAGGAGGACAUGGAGCAGACAUCCUGAUUGGUGGGACUGGAGAUGACACUCUCUAUGGUGAGGAUGGAAACGACACGCUGAUUGGACACUCUGGCAGGGACGUCUUCAUUCCUGGACCAGGGUCUGAUCUGGUGGACGGAGGUCCUGGCAGAGACACUGUUCUGUACCGGGGGGAUCAUGAGACGGGUAAAGGGGUUUAUGUUAACCUGCUGAGUGGACAAGGACGCUUUGCUGACGCUGAGGGAGACGUGUUGAAGGACGUGGAAACUGUGGUCGGCACCAUCUACUCUGACAUCUUGGUGUCCGGAUAUGAAAGCGCUCUUCUCCAAGGCUCAGAUGGUAACGACAUCUUGGUGUCCACAGGUGGAGAUUACCUGGUUGGUGGUGAAGGAAACGACGUCUACGUGUUGGCUUUCCACCGUGGCUCAGCUACCAUUGAUAACUGUGCUAAAGACAAAGCCACAGAUGUCCUGUACUUGGACUUGAAGUCAUCAGCGUUGUUUGACUGCCAGCUUUUAUCAGACAGAGUCCUCCUGACUUUCACUGGAGCCAAUCAGACUGCUGUAAAAGUUGGACUGAGAGGCUGGACCAGUGAUGGUGGUGAAUGUGGUCAUUUGGUGCUGGUUUUCAGAGAUGAAGAGUUACAAACCACAUCGGAAAUAAGAAAACAUGACAUGGAAAACUGCAGCAAAUCAGGAGGCUAAAUUUGUCGCCUUUGAGCAUAAAAUCCAGGCAACAUUAAUUUUUAUUUACAGGUCAUGUUUGUGUCUUUGCUCAUUAAUUAUACAUAAAAAUACUCCAAAUUAAGCAGAGAAGACUGCUGACAUCUGCAGAGGCUGCUUUCACAG